UAGGUGGGAAUAUAUGAACGAUAUUGGGUAGAAAAUGAUUCAGGCUACUAAAACUGAUUAUAAUCUUUUGAAAAUCCAAAGCAUUGGUCACCAAAGGAUUAAUUAAAAGCAAGACCACAACUUUUAUUUAUUUAUUUUUUAACAACAAGUGGGUUAGUGAUUAAUUCUGUUGAUAAGGCAAAGCAAGGCAUCAUACCAAAUUGGCUAUGUGGUGGUGGUCAAAUACAAAAAGAAAAUGCCCAAAAAGUCUCCUGGUGACGUAUCUUCCAAACCUUCAAAAGCCAAAAGCAAUGCUAAAAGUACAGCAAAAGUAAGUGAAACAAGUCUUGGGUAUAACUCUGUAUAGUCUAUUCGUUUAUGUAGAGUUUAAAUUCUUCAUCAAUAUUAAAAGUAGAUCAAUGUGAAUACAUACAUAAAUAUAAAGAUGAUAUGAUAUGAUAUCAUAAAAAUUGCUGAAAAUGACGAAAGAGGAAAGGCAGAAUGGGUGGUGAUGGGAUCGAUGGAUGGAGUGGGUGACAGAGCCAUGUGAGUGACCCACCAACCAUUACCCAAUUUGCCAUCCCUUCCCAUUUCCACUGGAUGUCUUCCUUGGCUUCAUACCAACGCUAACAGCCAAAAUCAUCGCUCACCAAUCAACGAUCAAACAAAAAAAAAGGCCAAAAAAGUAUUUCUCACCCAAAGUUUGCUGGAAAUUUGCAACUCUCUCUAGUUUGCUGAUAAUAAUUAACACUCAAAAUUAUUCCCUGUUUGUUCCCAUUUCUGACUCUCUCUAGUUGGCCACUCAAACUAUGCUUAAUUCCUUUUCAUCAACUUCCUUCCUGCAACUUGCCAUUUUCCUGAAACUUGGGUUCUAACUUUAGCUCCUUUCAUAAUCGUCAACUACCAAAUAACAUACAGUAAAAGUAUUUCGUUUUAUCAUGAGGAGCUAGUCAUGGACGAAGAAACUAACCAACCCACCGACAACAAACAAGACUUCCCCAGAAAGCCCUUCACUCCCACCAACGACAGACCGAAACGCGAUGAAUGGAGUGAAGGCGCUGUUUCAACUCUACUCGAAGCUUAUGAAAACAAAUGGGUGCUCAGAAAUCGUGCCAAACUCAAGGGUGAUGACUGGGAAGACGUUGCGCGAUGCGUUUCGUCGCGGGCCAACAACACCAAGUCUCCCAAAACUCAAACACAGUGCAAGAACAAGAUCGAGUCUAUGAAGAAACGGUAUAGAUUGGAGUCUGCUAAUGCUGAUGGAUCGUCUUGGCUUUUGUAUCCGCGCCUUGAUCUUUUACUGCGUGGAAGUAUUGCGCUGCCGCCUCCACAGCCGCAGCCGCUGCAGGGUCAACCAGUUAAUCCUCCUUUGAUGUUGCUUGAGCUGUCGCCACAGGGAGUGACGCUUGCAGAGGCGGCUCCUUCACCAGCUGCUGGAACCACUCAACACUCACAUGGGUCCAAUGGAGUUGAUAGGAUUUCCAAGGCAGACGGAUUGGAAACAAAUUUAUCAGACAAGAAAGCCACGGAAACAGACAGUAGCACCCCGGUUCACUACAGUAAUGACAAGGAGAAGUUAAAGGCCAAGAAGUUGAAGAUGAAAAGGCGAAAAGGGGAAAAAUGGGAAAUAGCCGAAAGUAUCCGUUGGCUAGCAGAAGUAGUGGUGAGAUCGGAAGAAGAAAGAAUGGAGACGAUGAGAGAGAUUGAGAAAAUGAGAGUUGAAGCUGAGGCUAAAAGAGGAGAAAUGGAGCUAAAAAGAACUGAGAUUAUUGCCAAUACUCAACUUGAGAUUGCUAAACUCUUUGCUUCAACAAAUGGAAAAGAUGUCGAUUCUUCCUUAUGGAUUGGAAGAAAUAUUCAUCUUUUGUAAAACCAUUGAAUAAGAAGGAUAAAUUUUAGAUAAGGACGAACUUUCCCUUCUGUACAAUGAUUCCCUAAGAACUAAUCUUACUUGAGAGUUCUGCAUUCAUCGCAGAAAGUAACAUUUUCACUUUACGUACAUUAUUUUUUCUACUGCAACA